UUUCUUUGGAUAAAACCAGAGAAUUUCAAAUACGAACGUUUCACAUAGAAAGAUUUUGACAUCUCUGUUAUGAAUCCCUGCAACAGAUGGCUGACACUGAUAAUCACUCUUUACAUGCCCACAAGUCUAGAAUCACCAGUAGCCUCAAACAGCACAUCAUUUCUAUGGUGAAGGACAUUAUCCCUCUUGGCACCCAGAGACGAACCAGUGCUGAUGAUGGCAGCCAGCGUACUGCCCUCUCUAAGCCAGAGGCACAAUCAAGGUCUCGAGCCCCAGCCCCCAGUCUCUUGACUCCCUCUCCAACCAGAGCCGCAGACCCUACACCCCCAGAAGAGUCCAACUCCAGGAACAGGAUGGGACCCCCAUUUACACGCAACGCUAGCCAGUCAGAUGGCAACAGGUUCCUGAGGAGCUCUGUGAACCGGCUCAGUAGGUCUGCCAGGCGCAGAACUCUCACACCUGACCCCAAGAAGCAGCAUUCUUCUCCGGCCAACAAGAGGGUUCCCGUUACGAUGGGACCCUCUCGUAACACCAGCAGUGAGCGAAAACGUUCUGAGGGUUCACCAAGGAAAAGUCAGACUGUCCCUGCCCGCAAGUUGUCCUUUGGUAGCCCCAAAAAGGACCUCCAGAAAGCAACUAGCAGUAAGACUGACCUGACCUCCUCUCAUAUGGUGACACUACAGAAGAUGCUAAGAGAUGGGAGCAUCCAGCAGCCCCGCAUAUUGCUUAAACGACUCAGGGAAUGUGACAUUGAGAGCCUGCAUGAAGUUAAACGGCCAUGCUUGAAUGAUGACCAGCAGGCACAUGUCCAAACACACAAGCCUGUAAACCCUGAACUGAAAGAUACCCUCUCACCUCCACCUACUCCAUCCAAGUCUGUUUGCACAUCCUCCAACUCCACAUCGCCUCAGAAGACGGAAGAAUCAUCUAGGCCUAUAUCAACAAACCCCACACAGCCUGAGUGUACAUUGACCCACACAUCCACAGAUGUAACAGCGUCCACACAGCCUGAGUGCAUAUUGACAAACACGUGUACAAACGCCACUCAGUUUGAGGAUAAAGAGACACACACACCCAUAACCACAAACUCUGAGUGUAAUUUGACAGACCUCACACAGUCUGAAGCUGAGCCGGUGUCCACAUCUACAAACCCCACACAGCCUGACACGACACCCAGACACACACACGCUGACUCUGCCCAGGCAAAACAGACAGGCACCUCUGCAAAUGAAAGCCAGCCAGCUUCGAAACCAACAUAUACAUCAGCAGACAUCACAAAGCCUACAUCUGAAAUGGCACACAGAUCCACAAACGUUGCUCAUCCUUCCUCCAGGCCUACUUCCAGCCCUGUUCGCUCUCCCUCACGUCUCUUCCCUAAUCAAGAACACACACCCAGACCUUUGCAGCCUAGACACACAUUUGCUCAAUCUACUUCUAGGCCGACCUUUGCAUCGUCACACCCGACACAGGCUGACCCCAGAGUAACAUUCGGGCCCACACAUCCUGCUGCCAACCCUGCUCCCAGACAUGCACACAUAGCCAGACCCUUGCUGCCUUCCACAACACUUACACCCUUGUACCCGCGGGGCUCUGCACCUGCUUUUCCUCCACCCAUGCGCUCACACUCUCCUGGUGGAGAACUCAGACAACCCAACUCCACUUCUCAUGUACAUUCCCAACGCACCCACCCACCGUCCAUUUACAGUCGCCCAUUUACACCGGGGAAUGCCCGUAGGCCAUCAAACCCUGGCCCUAGAGCCUGUUUCAUAUUCAGUCUCACACCUGUUAACUCCAACAGCCAUGCACCCCCAAGAUCAGUGCCCAGGCUCAUACCAACGCAGACGCCAUCACCCAACUGCACACCCACAAAUUCAGUUUCAAAGCCCACACACGGUCAGACACCCACCAAUGCAGUGUCAAGGCCUUCAAUCACCAUCACAAAGCUUAUGUCUACACUUACAAAAACAUCCAUACCUACAAGCACAUCUGGAUCCACAGAUUCUCACACACCCAUAAAAUCUGUGUCAACACUUACCAAAACCCCCAUAACUACAAACAUUGUAUCUGGAUCCACAAAUUCUCACAGACCCAUAAAACCUGUGUCAGCACUUACCAAAACCCCCAUAACUACAAACACUGUAUCUGGAGCCACAGGUUCUCUCACACCUGCAAAACCUACAUCUGCACUUGCCAAAACCCCCAUUCCUACAAACUCUGUAUCGAGACCUACUGAUUCUCACACACCCACAAGACCUGUGACCUCUGGACCCACAAAUUCUUUGCCUACACCCAGAGGUGCGACCCCAAACCCUGCUUCUGGAUCUGCAUUCACACGUUCCCCUAUCCACCCUUUUUUCCAACCCAGACAGAGGCCUGGACCUCCCCUCAGACAGCCGGCGCCCAGCCCUCCUGGGCUCGCCGAUGCCAAGCAGCCUUGUGUCUCCACCCCUUUUCCCUCCACCAAUCCGUCUACCCCGCCAAAGUAUGUCCAGCGUGCCUUCAUGAAGCGCAACCAAGAGGGCGUGGUGAUGCUGAAGGGAAAAUGUUCGCCAAGAGUGCUUUUAUCUGAGCCAUCACCCUCCUCCUCGUCUGCUUCUUCCUCAUCUUUAGCGGCUACGACUGUGAAGAGUUUGUCAAGGAAACUCUUCUCUGAGGCCGACAGCCAGUUUGCCCUGUCAGGAGAGACCAGUGUGAGCAGCGGGCCUCAUUCCAGCCUUGUGGACCCCCUGCAGCCCUUUUCCACCCCUUCCGAGGCCGACCCCCCUGUGUCUGGCUCUUUCCAGACUCCUCCGUCCCCCUCUCCGUCGAUGGACAACCUGGACGAGAUUCUCACCCCAGACUCUCUACCCACAUCAGCUGCCAUGGACAUCGACAUGGCCUCCCCUGAAAUCAGUCAAGGCUCACCCUCUCACUCUCCCUCACACACUGGCACCUUGUUAGCACAGUCUGAUGAGACCGCUGUCACACUGGCCCAGGCUGAUAUGGUGUUGGAAGAGCCCGGUAUACUAAAAGCUGACAUUCACACCUUAAAAUUGGAACCUGAUGCAAAUCCAUCACAGGCCUGCUCCAAUCAGAAUUCAUUUAGCAUGCCGCAAGUCUUGCCCCGAAGGCCUAGCCCUGUGGGCAGUCCUGAGGUGGUGUGGGUGGACCCUCUAGAGGACGACCUGGGAUUUGGCGCUGGACUGGACUGUGCCCUGAGUGACACGAGCAGCAGUGAGGACGAGAAGCUUCUGUCCCUGCAGGAGAUCAUGGAGCGCAGUGUUCGCCCGCCCCCCACCCCUGACAAGGACGCCUUCUCUGAGCCAAGCACACCUGUGGCAGCCAAAGCUCCCGUGGAGCUGAUCAAAACCAAGCCUGUACGCUACAACAACACAUUGGAUCAGAUGCUGAUUGAGAGAAACCGGAACCAGAAGUCAAAGGAGCUGGAGGAAAAACUGCUGCAGGGGUGUCGGGAGGACCUGCUGAUGAUGGCAGAGGAAGAGGAGGUGGAGGAGGGGGAGAAAGACGAAGAGGACAUCUCUCAGGAACAACACAAGUUUGUCCAGCGGUACACACUGACUUCCAGCACCAUUAGGGACCUGCACCCUGGAGAGGAGCUCUUCUCUCUGGCCAGCUUCGGCCGACUCUUCACUCAGGACAAUCUGCAUCUACCACAGGGCAUUGCCGCCAAGAACACAGCCCAGCGCUGCCUCCUCAGGGCCAGUCCUAAUCAAGCUCUCCUGCUAGUUCGGGCAGGACUGCUGAAGACGGCGUAUGCCUCUAGUCCCUGUCAGCCUGAGAUCUCUCGCUGGCUCCUUCAGAUGAUGUCGGUGCAUUCAAACCCUUGCAUGUCCGCGCAGAUCCUGCACUCUCUGAAACACCUUGCUCUUAUUGCUGGCCUAAAGAUUGCAGAGAGCCAGGACCCCAAGUUCCAGGUGUGGGUUCCCAGCAUGCAGGAUGUGGUGCUGGUCUUUCUCAACAUGGGUGUCCCCUUCAUCAGCAUGUUCCCUCUGGAGCUGCUGCAGCCAACUUUCACUGAGGCCGACCUCCUUGGGAGCGCUGUGAUUGGCCCUGAGGGCGUGUCGAGUGGGAGUGAACACGCCACUUUUCCAGAACACAACUUCGACAAUGUGAUCAAGUAUCUGAGUGUGUGUGCGGCGCUGUGUCCGCGGGCCUACUUGGACCGUGAGCUGGUGCUGCUGCUGGCGCUGGUUUGUCGGCUCAGCCUGGACACACACCUGCAGUUGCUGCCUACUGCCAACCUGUCCAACCUCAUGCUCCACCUUAUCAACAACAUCACCGACUGGGACACACAGAUGCCUCUGGUGUGCCGGGCUUUGACAGACUUGACCGAUGAUCACCACAACUUGAGACGCCUGGUGCAGCUACUGCCUCCCAACAAGCGGGGGAGGCAACUCAGGAGACACCUCAGCUUAUCCAUCAUCUCUAAACUGAUCAACCACAGGUGCACAUACAAGCCUACCAGCACUGAGUUCAAGCUGUCUGAGCUUCGCCAGUACGUGCCGCACAUGACCCCAUCUCGACUGAAGAAGAAGCAAAUAGCUAAGAGGCCAGACCUCAAUCAGGACGAGGCCAUGCUGGACCAGCAGGCUUAUUAUCUCUGCUAUAGCCUCUUGGAUUUGACCAACGAAGCUUCCAAUUACGAGUUUUUGCACCCAGACCAGAAGAACCAGCUGAAACUUCUGUCAGCACAACUGGAGAAACAUGUGAAGUGUGACAUCCGUGAGAGUGAGAAGUGUCUUUACAGGAGCAAGGUGAAGGACUAUGUUGCGAGAAUAUACACAAGGUGGCAGGUUCUACUGCAGAGAACACGGCCUGCGCAGGGGAAGCUGUAUGACUUCUGGGAGCCUCUAUCUGAGGAUGCACUGAGCAGCAGCCAGGACGAGCAACAGGACUUGAGAAGACCUCAGCUGCCUGAGGAGGUGCAACAGGAGCAGAGAAGACCUCAGCUGCCUGAGGAGGUGCAACAGGACUUGAGAACACCUCAGCUGCAAGAGGAGGUGCAACAGGAGCAGAGAAGCCCACAGCUGCCUGAGGAGGUGCAGAAGGGCAAGGAGAAUGUGGCCCAAGAGCCAAAGGAAAAUGUGGCCCUGGAGGAGCCUGAGGCCCCAGGGGAGGAGGAGAUGGGAGACGAGAGCUCAGGAGAUGAGACCAUGAUUGAGGAUGAGACCAUGAUGGAGGAACAGCCAGAGGAGGAGAAGGUGGAGGAGGAGGCAGAUAGGGAGACAGGUCUGUCAAAACAGGAGCCAGACAAGGCAGAGGGUCAUCCAACAGGGGGGGACAAAAAGGAGAGACUGGAAAGUGAGGAAGGGCUGGACAAGGUGGAGGUGCAGCCAGCAGAAGGGGAGGGGUCGCCAGUACAAGGAAAUGAGGAGCCACAGAAGAGGGGGGAGCUGCCACUGAAGGAGGGCGAGGAGCUUGCCAUGGAGGAAGAGUCAACAAGAGAGGACAGACUGCCUGCAAAGGAGACACGAACGGAGGACGACAAGUUGUCUGUCAUGGAGGAGGAGUCAACUAGCACAGAGGGGCAUCUAGAGGAGGAGGCAGAGAUGGAGAUGGAAGUUGAGGUGCCUGAGGAGCAGGAGCAAGCGAUGGAGGAUGGGAUUGAGGCAGGAGAGCAGGCCACGAGCAGUAGAGAAGGAGUAAAGGCGGAGGAGAUGGAAAUGAAGGAGACCGAGACAGAGUCUCCGAAAGAGAACGGGCCUGAUAAAGAGGAGCCAAUGGCUGAGGUGGAAACGGGGGAAGGGGAAAGAUUUGCGGGGGAAGGCAAGCCGGGGCUGGAAUCUGGAGAAAAUGUAUUGGAUGUUGAGGUGGAUAAGGAUCAGGUGACGGACAAACACACACACCAAGGGUCUGGGGAGAUGCGAGGGGCGUGCUCUCUCACCUAAAACCCAUGGUCGGACGGAAGUUGUGUGUGUGUGUGUGUGUGUGUGUGUGUGUGUGUGUGUGUGUGUGUGUGUGUGUGUUGACUAGCACAAUAAGCUCAGGGAAACCUCUCCUCCAUUUCUCUGGGGAGUUGGUCAGAGGUCAUGUUAGUUGGUUUAAGUGCUCAUGGGAACAGUCACAGCAUCUGCAACAGGACAUUUACGUUUGCACAUGUGCAGUCUUGUUGUUUUUAUCUUUUUUUAGUAAUUCACUUACAAAUAUACUUGACAAAGAAAUGCACUAUUUAGCUCCUAAAACUCCACAGGUGAUGGAAAACUUAGACUAAGAAACCAAAAAAAUGGCAUAAGAUUAACUCAGAAUUCAUAAAGCCCAUCUUACGUUUCAAAAUAGAUAAUAGCAUAAUUCCAAACCUGGAUUGAGAGAAAUCUUGUUUGUUUCUGUUAAAUGUUCAUUACAAUGUACCUGUCCUUCAGAGUGCCAUAUAUUAAUAUAUAUAUAUAUAUAUUUUUUUUUUUUGCCAGCUCCCUUUCGUGUAUUUUCACUUACUGGAUGAUACAAGUGGAAACACAGGCUGCUUUGUUGGAAAGUGGCAGAGAAAGGAUCACUGUGCCCUCCGAAUCAUAAUUUACACCUCUGUACAAAAAGCUAAU